AUGCUUCUCAUGCGAGUCAUUCUUUCAUUAUCGUUUUGUUUCACCUUAUGUUCAACUGCUGAAUUGAAAUCGAAUCAUCUGGAGUCUUUGAGGUUUGCAAGACAAAAUGGACAAAGUUCUUCCGCUAUUCGUCAAAUAGCCAAUGAUUUCUCAAUUCUUGCUCGCUUAAUCAAUAUGAUUUCCCUACAAGAAAGCCUUUCUGAUGGUUCUACAAAUCCAGAUGACGUCAUUGCCGAGUUUUUGAAUAUCCAAUCCAGUAAUACGGUACAAGAUUUGCUUCAAAUGCAACUGGAUACAAAUGGAAUAUCGUCGAAACUGGAAAAAAUGCUGAUUGAUGUUGGGAAACUAGGUGCCAAUCCUCUCACAAAUUCUACUAAAGUCAGAGAGGCAGUAAAUGCUCUGAGCAAUAUGAAGGGCGAUGUGAAUGAUUUGAAAACGGGAACAACUGCAGAUCAUGCAAAGAAAUUCAAAGAAAAUGCAGAGCUAAUAACGACUGCCUAUGAGCCAUCCAUACAGCUUCGCGACUUUGAAGAUAUAACGAAGCUUCUGAAAACAAUCAGAGAUGUUAAGCCAAAUGGAACAAGUAUAACAGUGAUGUCCAAGUUUUUGACUGCCUUCGAGACAAUAAAAAGAAAUGAAGACGCAUUUAGUGGCACUCUUGAUACAUUUUCUAGUUACAAAGAUGCUACUAAAUUGAAACCAUUUUGGUCGAUCAAGGGAAGCUACGUUGUACUUAAUCCAAUUCUGAAAGUUUCAAGAGCUGCUCAAGUUCUCACUGACAACUGGGAGACAUUUUCAUCUCUCUCAGAAAAGCUUGGAAUUUUACAAAAUGAUGCUAAAAUUCUCAAAACACAUAUAUCACAAAAUGAAUAUCAUUCUACGUUGAGCAAAUCUUUAAAACUCAUAGCAAGUCUUGUGAUAGAUCUGUCCAAUUCGAGAGUUUUGGAUCGAGUGCUGACCCAAGGAUUUCCUAAUGGCUUGAGAGAUGUAACACGAAACAAAAAUGAUUUGAAGGAGCCAUGGUUGAGAGAAAAAGUAGCGGAUGGAAAAGAAAUGUCAAAGCUAUCUUCUUUAUUUCCGUUGAUAGAAAAGUUAACUGAGAAACUUUCGAUAAUAGACAAUGAAUGGACUAAGUUCAAAAAGUCAAGCGAUAAAACCACGCACGUUACUGAACUUUCUGGUAUACUGGAAAUUUUGGCUCAGGAUGGGAAAGCUCUGGGCGAAAGCAGUGGUUUAGAGGGUACUGUAGGAACUUUGACAGGAGCAAUUAAAGAUUUGAAGAAAAUAGAAGGAUCUCCACCAUUCGAAGAUUUCGAAACACUCUACACAUAUUCCUCAAAAGUUAGUGAAUAUGCGGAAAAAUUCGAAAAAGCGUUCGAAAAAAUGAGUGAAAUUGGAUACACAAAAGCAAAAGAAGCAUUUUCACUAAUUUAUGAACAUUCCAAAAAGGCACCAACAGGUGAUGAUACUCCGGGAAUGAUCGCGAUAAUUGAAAAAAUGAAAGGUGUUGAAGGUUUAGAUGACCUAGUGAAGAUUACAACAAUUGCAGAUGAAGAACUGAAACCACUUUUAUCGAAGGAGUUUGCUACUUUUGUUAAAGCAGCACCAGACUGGACAUCGAUUAAACCAGUUCAAAGAAGUUUGGACAACACUGGACUUCAAAACGCCUUGGAAGAACUUUCUGACAACCCUGUGAAUUUGGAUUUGAUCGAUAAAAUGCUGAAAUAUGGGGCAAACAUUCGCCAAGUUCAGAAAGGAAGUAUUGAAUCUUUGAACAGUGUUCUUGCUACUCUUGAAGAGAUAAAGAGCGGGAUAAAACAAACGAAAGAAGUAUUUGGAAAAGCAACAAGGCAUCGUCGGGAUGUCGGAGAUAAAUCGAAAAAACUGAAAAACUCUAAGUCGAUUGCUUUUGAUCUGGCGAAAGGUGUGAACCUACUUCAGUCACUUGCCACAGUGUAUGAGAGGAGAGAUGAAUUGGUAACCGCUGCAGAGUUUCCAGAAAUUGUAAAUUCGGCUCUGAGUUCUCUGCCUUCUUUGCAGUCAGUUUGGACAGAGAACAAUCGGAAAGCCCUCAAAGAAAUGCCUGUUGAAUUAGGAAAAUUGGAAAAGUAUGCUCAGGAGAACCAAAAAAGCACCGACCUUAUUCAAAUCGGAUCAGUAUUUGGAAAGGCAAGUGAAAUCAAAGGUGCUCCUAUCGACAACAUGCUGAUAAGAGAAACAGUUGUCCCUGCUCUUCAAAAAAAUUCCGUGCUCAUUAUUCAAAACGCGGCAUCAACAUUUUCAAAGCUAGGUGAACUUGAGUUAGAUUUCUCAAAGCACAGCACAAGAAUCAAUGCAGUAACGUUGACUCUACCUUCAUUACGAAAUUAUUUCGAUGAGGUGUUUGAAAUUUCAAGGACUCCAAAAAUAGUAGUUGCGCAAGACGAGAAGAACGACCAGAAGAAAGAUGAAGCACAAAGUGGACUAUCGAUUGAAAUGUUGGGUAUCAUAGCUGGAUGCAUUAUCGUCUUCCUUCUCUUGGUUAGUGGUAUCAUAUUCUGUAUUGUUCGAUGCCGAAAACGAAGACAGUACAAUGCACGUCUUAAUGAUCCGGAAACCUGGGUUCUCCUCUCUUUCACUGCUGAGAAUACACCGAAUACAUUUGGAAGUGGAUUCUCUAUCGAGGCUCACAAACAUAUCAUCAAAAACAACUACGAUUCUUUCAAGAAAUGUUUGAAGAAUGGAGCUUAUGUGGAUGCAAAACUUCAAACUGACAAACAAUCGAAUACAAUGCUUCACGAAGCAGUUCUUCAUGAUAAGCAUAAAUACGUGGAGGCUCUGAUCAAACAUGGAGCAACUCGAGAGAUUCUUAAUCAUGAAUUCGAGACGCCGAUGCAAUUGGCAGUUAGGCUUAAGAAGAAGAAAUGCAUUAAAAUGUUUAAGAAGUAUGAGCAUAAAAAAUUCAAGAUUGUUCUGCCAGAAGUAUUCACAAAAAAUAAUUAUUUGAUUGAUGUGGACAGAGCGAUUCCCAUCGAAGAACACUAUCAUGGAGACUUUUUCAAGAAGUUUGGACAGUAUCAACAUGAACAUCCGAAGAGACCGACUCACUACGUGGCAAAGACUGACAAAGACAAUGUGUUGCACGUGAAAGAUCAUCAUCUUCCAAUGAUUUUUAGCGCCACAAUGAUAAUGGGUCACAGAUGGCUGAAAGCAUGUCUUGAUAAUCCAUCUGCAAUCGGAAACAAUAAAGAAUGGCGAGUGACGAAAAUGAGUUUCCGAGGAAAAGAGUACGAUACACUAUUGGCAAUCAAAGACUACAUCAAUCGAAUGAAUGUUCCGUAUAUGUUUGGAAUCGGAGUAUCCUACAAUAAUCAUACACUUGCUCAAGAAUGGUCCUUGAUGCGUACUGUAACUACCCAACUCGGCGUAUACAAUGGCACUGGCGAGUUCCCAUUCAUGUGCCCUAAACCUGGACAUUGUUACCAUCGAGACGACUUGCCACGGAACUUCUUCCUCUACCAUCGGAACGAUAAAGCCCAAGUCCAAUUAAAUUUCAAGAGUACUUGGAUGGAUAAUCCUGCCUACCUCUUUAUGAAUACUGAUGACUUUACUCAUUUCUUGCUCGAUUUUAAGAUCGUAUCGAAGAAAAUCGAAAAAAUUGAUAAAAAGAAUGGAGUUGUGAAGAAGAAGGACGAGAAGAACAAGCGAAAAGAUAAACUUGUGAGCGAAGAAUCAUGCAGUGUAACAGAUUGUAGUGAUAGCUGUGCAUCUACAAUGUCAGUCGGAACUCCUGUUUCAAGAACCCCAACAUCCGGAACUCCAAACUCAAGAACACCAAAUUCGGUGACCCCAACUUCAAGAACUCCUGGAAAGAAUAGACGACAUUGA